CUCGUUGGCUUUUCAGCAAGACCCAAGCUUACCAUGAAGGUAGAUACCAACGUGAACAGCACAAUCCUGAGGCUGGCUGACAAUGUGCAGUCGUGGAAGGUGGGAGACAAGAUCGUGGUGGCCAGCACUGAUUACUCCAUGCACCAAGCUGAAGAGUUUGAGAUCUUGCCCUGCAGAGCCUGCAAGCCCAACGAAGUCAAAGUGGCAGGAAAAGCCAAGUACCUUCACACCGGAGAGAUAAUUGAUGGAGUUGACAUGCGAGCGGAAGUCGGGCUGCUAACCCGGAACAUUCUGGUGAAGGGAGAGAUGGAGAGGAGAUGUUACAAUUAUAAUGCCCAUCUGUGCUCCUUCUUCGAUUUCGACACUUUUGGUGGCCACAUCAAGGUACGGCUUGUUGGUUCCCUUCCUUGGCUGGUGGAGGUCUUCUCUGUAUCAAAAGCAUAA